AUGGGCAUCCUUUCGAACCUACUCACGCAGUACUCAGGCCCAGAUGACAAGGCCAAGGCCGAGUCAGUAAGCCCGCCUGUGACACAACCCCAACAACAAGCAGUUCCGCACACGAUCAGCCAGCUUCCAAGCUCAAGUCCGAAGCAGAAUGGCCUUCUAUCAGUCGACGAUGACCUCCGGGAGAAGAUGCGCACAAACCCGCGCGCACGAGCAGUCAGACAGCUAUCGCUCUUCUUUGCCGGGGCCACCUUCUUCGGCUUGAGUCUUCUUGUCACACGCAGAGCCGUAGCCCGGAAACUGCUUGCCGAUGCUCCCAGACAGUUCACGCCUUCCAACUACAAGCCCACCAAUGUCAACGGUGGUGUCGAAGCCGCCCAAGCCUUCGUCCUUGCUACUGCAAACGUGACCAGCGCAGGCAUGAUGGCCACUGGCUUCAUGAUGUAUGCUCUAGAUGUUACAGACACCGAAGACAUGCGAACCAAAUUCAGAAAGGCCUGGGGCUUUGAGCGUACCGCCUUGGACGAGGCCGAGCAAGAUGAAGAGAUGGAGAAGAUGGUCAAGGAAUUCCUGGACAAGAAGGAAGGUGGCGAUAACAAGGGCAUGGCCGAAGGUCUUGCGGGUCUUGUGGCUGCCAUGGCCGCGAAGGAGGAGGAGAAGCUUGCCAAACUGAACAAGAUCAAGGAAGGUCUGCAAGCCACCAGCCGAGACAACUAA